AUGUCCUCCCGCUCACAGCUCUUCCGCGCCCUGAGGGCACCCACCCGCAGCACCAGAAACUGUCUGUCUGCUUCAAGAACGAGAGGAGGCCUCGCCGUCGCUGCUGCUACUCGCGCCGCUCAACCCGUCCGAUGCAUUGCGACUUCAGCCCCGAGGCUCGUCGUCUCUCCGACCCAGCCUUGCCGGGCUAAGCUGACGGCCGAGACCUACCCGGACCUGGAGCGCGACGCCCGCUUCGCCCAGGUCACUCCCGAGCACGUCGCCCGCUUCCGCGAGAUCCUGGGCAACAACCCCUCGGCCGUUAUCGACGGAGUCACGGAUGGAGGCGCUGCUAUUGACGAGGCCGACCUCGAGCCCUUCAAUGAGGACUGGAUGCACAAGUACCGUGGCCAGGCCAGGCUCGUUCUUCGGCCGUCCACCACCGAAGAGGUCAGCGGCAUCCUCAAGUACUGCAACGAGCAGCGUCUCGCUGUCGUUCCCCAGGGUGGAAAUACGGGACUUGUGGGAGGCUCCAUCCCCGUCUUUGACGAGAUCGUCAUUAGCAUGGCCCGUAUGAACGAGAUCCGCUCCUUUGACGAGGUCAGUGGCUCCCUCGUCGUCGACGCCGGCUGCAUCCUCGAGGCCGUCGACUCGUACCUUGCCCAAAGGGGAUAUAUCUUUCCUCUCGACCUUGGCGCCAAGGGGUCGUGCCACGUCGGUGGUAACGUCGCCACCAAUGCCGGAGGCCUGCGAUUGCUGCGUUAUGGCAGCUUGCACGGGACUGUCCUCGGUGUUGAGGCCGUCCUUCCCGACGGUACCGUCAUUAACGACCUGUGCACCUUGCGCAAGAACAACACUGGCUACGACGUCAAGCAGCUCUUUAUCGGUGCCGAAGGGACUUUGGGCAUCAUAACAAAGAUCGCUAUCCAGUGCCCUCAGCGAUCCCCGGCGGUGAAUGUUGCCGUCUUUGGCAUCGAGUCGUAUGAGAAGGCUCAGCUCGCCUUCCGUGAGGCAAAGAAGCAGCUCUCCGAGAUCCUAUCAGCGUUCGAGCUCAUGGACGGCCGCAGCCAGAGGAUCGUGUCCGAGGUCAAGGGCCAGGAGCACCCCCUCGAGGGCGAGUACCCCUUUUACUGCCUGAUUGAAACGAGCGGUUCCAAUGGUGAGCACGACUACGCCAAACUCGAGGCCUUCCUCGAGGACGUCAUGACUCGUGAGGUGAUUGCCGAUGGUGUAGUGGCUCAGGACGAGACCCAGCUGCGCAACCUGUGGGGGUGGCGAGAGGGCAUCACUGAGUGCCUAGGCCACUGGGGAGGCGUCUACAAGUAUGACAUCUCGAUCCCCCUCACCGAGAUGUAUAGCCUCGUCGAGGACACCAAGGCCCGGAUGACUGACGCGGGUCUUUUGGGCGAUACCCCUGACCACCCCGUUGUGGCUGUCCUGGGCUACGGCCACAUGGGAGAUGCCAAUCUUCACCUCAACAUCCCCGUGCGCCGCUACGACCCUGCUGUUGAAAAGGUCCUCGAGCCCUGGGUGUACGAGUGGAUCCAGAAGCGCAACGGCAGCAUCAGCGCCGAGCACGGCUUGGGAAUAGCCAAGAAGAAGUAUAUCGGCUACAGCCGAGACGAAACCACCAUUGGUCUGAUGAAGCAGAUCAAGAAGCUCUUUGACCCUAAUGGCAUCAUGAACCCCUACAAGUAUAUCUGA